UUAUAUUUAAAAAUUGCUUACUGCACAUGGUGCAUGAAAACACAUAGUAUACAUAUAUAUAAACAAACACAAAUAAACUGAUAUAUUUUCCGCUGUUGUAUUUCUAUGUGACUAAAAUAAUGUUCAGUUUAAAUUAGAAACAUAAAAUAAAAUAAAAAACAUUACAAUUUUACAUGAAAAAUUAUAAUUUAAGUGCUAAAAGAAAUUAACUCGUGCGUAGCAAGGCAUGAUAAAUACAAGUCAUUUCUAAGGUGGUCAACUUGCCAGGCUUUCUGUAUUGCGUAGGGUCUAAGAGCAUCAUUAACGCGCGUGUUUUGAUCAACGCUUAGCAUUAAGUAUAAUUAAAAAUAAAAAAAAAAAAAUAGAAAAAGGAAAAACACGGCGCUUAAUUAAGCCCGUGAAACCACGCUGCUUGUGUGCACGUGUCAAGAAAUGAGAGGGGAGAGUUUCGGUUACGCGUGAAACGAAACCAAACUUGGUUUUGUCUCUCUCUCUCUCUCUCUCGAAUCCUCUCUCCCGACGAAAGGCGAAUCGAUUUCGUCUCGGUGGCUCUGUUAUCGUCGGUGACGUCUCCCUCGGUGGCUCCGCGUCGACGAUCAAGAUGGUGGUUCUCCUAGAAGGCGACGGACCUCUCGCGACGCUGGCUCUCCUCUCAUCUCCAGGUGUAUUGGUGGCGAGGGAGCUCUCUCUCGGUGGAUAUGAAGCCUUCCUUCUACCUCGUCGAUUAGGUAUAUCGGUGGCGACAGAACUCUCCUCGACGGCGAGGAGCUCUCCUCGAAGGCGACGGAGCUCUCCUCGACGGCGACGGAGCUCUCUCUCGGCGAAGGUAAAGCUUCUGUUUUGUAUUGAGAUGGAUUCAUCAAAUAUGAUUCGAUUUGUUCUGUAACUAGGUGAAAAUAGAUUUGUUCUGUAAUUUCUAUACAUGAUUUUAUACUCUUCAGUGCUUGUUAUCAUAAUAGAUAUUGGACCGAGAUAGAUGAAAAUAGAUUUGUUUGUAACUAGGAUUCAUCAAAUAGUUACAACUAGGAUUCAGUUUAAGGAUUCAUCAAACAAUAGUUACUUUCACCUAGGAUUUGUUUCAAUUAAGAUGGAAGGAUCAAAGCUUAGUUUAUUUCUAUCUGUUUUCGCUCUUUGGAUAUUUGAUUCGUUUCUGUGUGUUUGUGUCUUAAUGCGAGGAUGGAGGCUACAAGACGAAGCAACAUAUUCAAAGCAGAGGAGUACAUUUGGUCUUCGCGAGACAGGAGCAAUGGGAGUGGAAUGGGAAGAGGAAAUGCUUGUGUCUACUCGUUUGUGUCAAGGGUCUGUUGUAUGUUGUAUUUUUGUGUCAUCACGGGUCUUGUAUUUUUGUGUCACCAGUGUGUCAUUUGUAUUGUUGUGUCACGAGUCUUGUUUGUGUCAAGGGUCUGUUGUAUGUUGUAUUUUUGUAUUGUUGUGUCACGGGUAUUGUGUCAACUCUUGUAUGUCAUUUUUUUUCUUGUGUCAACUCUUGUAUGUGUCACGAGUCUUGUAUCUUUUUUUUCUUGUGUCAAGUCUUGUAUGUGUCUAUAUAACUUUGCAUACCAAUUGAAACCAAAAUCACAAUCUAUCUCUCUUCUAAAAUCCACAAUUCUUUCUCUCUUCCAACUAUUUCUCUCUUCCAACUAUUUGCCCACUAAUAUGGCAUCUUCUUCUAAUAACAAUUUUGAAAAAGUAACUGAUGAAAGUUUUGAUCAACGUUUUGAUCAAUAUUUUGAUCAACGUUUUGAUCAACGUUUUGAUCAACGUUUCGAUCAAUAUUUCGAUCAAGCUCUCGAGAAUGUUGCCAUUAAUAAUGGAAAAAAAACCAACACCAGAAAAAAAAGACAAUAUAUUGAAAGAAAUCGUGAAGAAGGCGAUCUACGCUUGUGGAAUGAUUAUUUCAGCGAAACUCCAACAUACGAAGGUCAUCUAUUCCGACGACGUUUUAGAAUGAACAAACCAUUGUUCAUGCAUAUCGUUGAUCGACUCUCCAAUGAAGUUGAAUUCUUUCGACAAAAGAGAGAUGCUCUCGGAAGGCUUAGUCUCUCUCCACUACAAAAGUGUACAGCAGCCAUUCGUCUCUUGGCAUAUGGUAGUGCUGCUGAUACUGUCGACGAAUACCUCCGCCUCGCUGAAAGUACAAGUCGGUCAUGUUUGGAGAAUUUUGUUGAAGGAAUAAUUCAAUUGUUCGGCGAUGAGUAUCUAAGAAGACCAACAGAAGCUGAUCUUCAACGCCUACUUUAUAUUGGAGAGCAUCGUGGAUUUCCCGGGAUGAUAGGAAGCAUCGACUGUAUGCAUUGGGAGUGGAAGAAUUGUCCCACUACUUGGAAAGGGCAAUAUUCUCGAGGUUCGGAUAAACCAACAAUCGUUUUAGAGGCAGUUGCUUCAUAUGAUCUCUGGAUAUGGCAUGCAUUUUUUGGAUCUCCAGGUACCUUUAAUGAUAUCAAUGUUCUUGAUCGUUCACCUGUUUUUGAUGACUUAAUACACGGUCAAGUUCCGCAAGUCACGUACUCCGUUAACGGAAGAGAGUAUCAUUUAACUUACUAUCUCACCGAUGGUAUUUACCCGAAAUGGGCAACUUUUAUCCAAUCUAUUCCACUACCACAAAGUCCGCAAGCAGUUUUAUUUGCUCAACGUCAAGAAGCUGUCCGAAAAGAUGUCGAGCGUGCUUUUGGAGUCCUGCAAGCUCGCUUUGCCAUUGUUAAAAAUCCAGCACUUUUUUGGGAUAAAGUUAAGGUUGGGAAGAUUAUGAAAGCAUGUAUCAUACUCCAUAAUAUGAUAGUAGAAAACGAACGAGAUGAUGUGGUGUGGGUAAACGAACGAGGUGGAUACAUUCGGUAUGAUAUUUCAGGGUUCCAAGAUGGAGAAGGUUCACAUGUCGAUCUCAACUUUUCUACAAAUACAGAUUCAAUGAUUCCCGAUAUGAUUCCUACUGAAACUACAAUUCGUGAUAUACAAAUGCAUCAACAAUUGAAAGAUGAUUUGGUUCAACAUAUAUGGCAUAAAUUUGGGCAUGAAGGAGACAACAACUAAUCUCAGGACCGGAUUUCAAAUUAUUCUCGUUUAUUUACUAAUGUUUUUUUUAUGUUUUUAUUUCAAUUUAUGUUUUUAUUGUUAUCUUUUAAUAUGUUUCAUAUAAUAAGUCAAUUUUAUCUUAAAUAAAUCAAUGUUUAAUUUUUUUAAGCACCCCUAAAUAAGC